AUGGCACCCACUCGAACGCAACCGCAGCCAGCUCGCGAGCUCCACAACUUUCCCAGGCUCCCCAAGGAGAUCCAACUGCUGAUUUGGGAUUUCUGGCGUCAGCACGCCCCUAUCAUCCGACAUUACUUCGUCCUCCAUUUAAGCGGCCGCGCAUAUGCCGCGUUCAACUGUCAAACCAAGAACUGGGUGCAGACCGCCACCAGAACUGCAGAGCCCAGUCAUGACGAUCCUUUGGAUCCUAUGGAGCACAAGAUUCUCUUCACCAAUGCAAUAAACGUUGCACUACCUGGUACAUUGUCUCCAGCCCCUGUUUCUUGGGCCCAUGAGUCCGCUCAUGGGAGCGUCUAUUCGCAUAUUCAUCAGAUCCUCAGCGGCAAUUACUUCUUCGAUCGAGGUAACACACUUCGUCCCGCGCACGCCUCAGUCAACUUUCGAAAGGACGUCUUCUUCAUUGAUAACAUUGGGUACAGACUCCCCGGAAGAAUGCGCUUUCUAUUCCACAGAAUUGGCGCUAGGCGGCCACGGUGGGUGGAAAAUCAUUGGGCUACCAAGAUUGAAAAGCUUGCCUUUUACGUCAAUGGAUCACAACAAUCAGAACUGAAUGGGUUUUGGGGCGAAAUCGACAUUGAAGCUUUGGCAAAUAUGAGAUUGCUCAAGAAAGUAUAUCUUGUUUUUCGGUGCAGCGGUUGCUCGGUCGAACAUCAGCAUCGCGCCGACUCGCAUGGAUUCGUCCACGAUCUUCCUAACAAUGGGAUGCACUCACCCGAUGUUGGUAUUCUUGAUGAAUUUGGAAACAUUUCAACUCUGUGUCGGAUGUCAUCAGCCAAAGCACAACAACAGAAGGCGGAAAUGGCGAGCCGCUUUACUAAAGCGGGUAGACAUGCUGUUGAGGUCGAGGUUGUGGCUGAUGUCGGCUUUGUAUGA